AUGAAAAGGAAACGGUCGUCCAACUCUGCCUCUCCUGGUGCAGCCGCAAAAUCCUCUUCCACCUCAGAGCUUCCUACCACAGCGUCUUCGAGCAUUCCUACGCAGCCGCCUCAACGCCCAGAGACCACCGGGAAACACCGUUCUCACACCCUAACCAGUGCGCCCAACAGGGCUAGCCCCAGAAUUGGCACAAAAGGAACCAGCUUAGGAUCUGAAACUAUCAUGUCUUCAUCCCCUCUGAAGCGCGCUGCUCCAGCACGAACACCUCGACGCGAUAAUUCCAGCAAUCCCAACUCUGUUCGUUUCGUGGAGAACGCAAUCUCGCCCCCUUCAGUUGUCACAAAUGCAGACCGAUCAGCUCGGAAAAAGAGUGCGCGACAGAUCGUUGCCCGUGUAGUAGCUGGGGACUCUAGCGAGGACGAGGAGGACGAGCUUGUUCGACGGAUCUACGCAGAUUCUGAAGACGACGAGGACGAUGACGGACCACUCCCAGAAACUACCGACGAAGCUGGAGCAAAGAAAGGGAAACCUCGGGGAAGGAAAAGGAAGCCAAAAGAACCAGAGCCACCCCCACCAACUGAGGGUUUCGAGUCGUAUUUUGGGCAAAACAAGAAAGCGCGACAAAUAACUUCAAAUAGCACUCUCGCGUCCCUCGCCCCUCUAGAUCAUGGACGUUACUUCCAGCUGAUCAGGGAACACGUCCCCGACCAUGUUGAGGAUCGACUGUACCUCGCGGAGCUCCACAAGAAAUCCUUCGAGCAAUGGCAAUUCGAGCUCUCUCAAGGUUUCAACAUCCUUCUAUAUGGCUACGGCUCAAAGCGUAAACUAGUGAUGGAGUUUGCAAAACAAAUAUAUACAAACCCUUCGUCCCUCGUUGUGGUAAACGGAUACGUUCCUACUCUUACGGUCAAAGACAUCCUAUCCUCCAUUGCAAACGCCAUUCUCGGCCAGGGCCAUAACGUCAAGCUCGGCUCCAAUCCUAACGAGAUGCUCGAUAAUGUGAUCGCCAUUCUCGACUCGGAUGAGGUCUCAAAGCUCACGCUGAUAAUUCACAACCUUGAUGGUGAAUCAAUCCGAGGGGAACGCUCCCAAGUCCUCAUCGCUCGUCUCUGUUCGCACACAAAAAUCUCUCUUGUAGCUACGAUUGACCACCUCCGCGCUCCUUUACUCUGGGAUGCUGCCCGUGCUUCACAAUAUAACUUCCUAUGGCACGACGCGACAACAUUCGCGCCAUAUGCUGUUGAGUCUUCAAUUGAUGAAUCCCUUGCCCUUAUUGGCGGUUCCAAGAGAGCAGGUGGAACAAAGGGUGCUAAGCACGUUUUGUCAUCACUGAAUAUGAAUGCAAGGAGUCUUUUUAGAGUUCUUAUUAGUCAUCAGCUCGAAGCUAUGAUGGAUGAUCCUAUGGCGGGUCAAGGAGGAGCUAAUGAGGAAUGGGGAAUUGAGUACAGGGUGUUUUAUCAGAAGGCUGUGGAAGAGUUCCUUUGCAGUAACGAUAUGGCGUUUAAAACGUUAUUGAAGGAGUUUCAAGAUCAUCAAAUGAUCGUCUCCAAGAAAGACUCGCAAGGAACAGAGGUUAUGUGGGCACCUUUUGAGAAAGAGGAACUCGAAUCCAUCUUAGAAGAUUUAGUCGCAUAA